AAUAAGAUCUGUAGAAUGGAGUCUGAAAACGGGGUAACAAUGGAGGAAGAUAUAAUCGUCAUUGAAAAAACAGAAGUUGAAGAAUCCGCUGCAGAAGAAAAGAAAGAGGAACCCAGUGCUGACACUAAUGGUGAGGGGCCCUCAAAUCUGAAGGAAGAUUCAAAGCAGCAGGGAAAAAAAUCUCAAGGCAAGGCAAACAAAACUCCUGCAAAUGUCUCAAAGAUCUCAGAAACCUCAAAGGAGCAUAGUAAUGUGAGUGGUGGUAAUGCAAAGAACAUUAAGGUGACAAAGGAUAAACCUCAUCUGAGAAAUGCAGUUCCAGUUACUCGUACUCCGAGGCCUGUGCUGUCCCAAAGUCAUUCAUUUCCUGCUAGAAGAGUCCAUGGGGAUGCUCUUGUGAAGAGCAUUGAUGGAUAUAAGGAGAAAGUUGACCCCAAACAUGGCCAGGAAAAAAACUCUAAAGCCCAUGUCUCUUCUUCCAAUGGAUCAGGUCUUUUAUUGUCUCGUUUGAGUCAUCCCAACAGGCGCGGAUCCCUCCAUGUCGACUCAAAGAACGUGAAUGGCGCUGGAACUACUUCUAGAAGGGAUACUUUAGCAUCUUUGCCUGGCAAUGAGCAAGCUGUGCCUGCAGAAUCUGGUCAUGGUAAUGCGGCUGCUAAGCCCUCUUCAUCGUCCGAAUCAGCGGAUUCAAAGCCGAUAACAGCUGCAGCGCUGAGCAAAGAGGACGAGGAUGCUCAUUCCACUACUUCUGCCACUUCUCGUAGCACUAGGAGGAGUAGUGGUCCAGGAUUCACCUUUAGAUUGGAGGAACGUACUGAAAAGCGGAAGGAGUUUCUUUCGAAGCUAGAAGAGAAGAUCCAUGCGAAGGAAGUUGAAAAGAAUAACCUGCAGGCAAAAUCAAGGGAGAACCAGGAGGCAGAAAUCAAGCAAUUAAGGAAGAGUUUGACUUUUAAAGCUACACCAAUGCCGAGUUUCUACAAAGAACCUCCUCCAAAAGUUGAACUAAAGAAGAUACCUACUACACGUGCAAUAUCCCCAAAGCUUGGGAGGCACAAGGGCGGCGCUGCUGAAACCAACUCUUCUAAAUAUACUUUCUUGCAUCUUAAGCAGUACCACAUGGUUACCUUAAUCAUCAAGUAACUUCUAAAUAUGAAU